UUCCUCGACAAGAGAGUUUCGGUGUGACCGUACAAAAACCUGCCCGUCACAUACAAUUUUUAUAUUUAAUAUCUUAUAUCUAUAUAUCCAUAUCUAUAUGCAUGUAUGAUUAUCAUAUAACCAAACCAAAACCCUAAUUUUCUACUACUAACAUACAAUGGGAACAAUAUAUUCUAUUAAAAAUUCCUCACCUUUUGAUUUCGAUGAGUCCGAUUUUGAUUCCGAAAACAGUUCCAAAAUGUAUCGUUCUCUUUCACGAUCAUCAUACCCCAAGGGAAAGAAACUCGGGGAUAAGAAAGUAAUAGUUCACCAAGUUGAUGAAGGGGUGAAUGAAAGAAUUUCUCGGUCAGAUGCUGGUUUGCAGUCCAGUUCCUCAAACUACGCUUCAAAUUAUUUAUCUAGAUCCAAACGUACUGAUCUUUUCACAUUUCUUACUGGAGAAACCUCUAAAGCUUCAAGUUCCCUUAAAGCUGCCAAUGACAAGAAAAAUUCGAACUGUACUCAAGGGCGUCACUUGGAGAAUGUUGAGCUCGUUUCUAUUAUCUCAGAUGAUGACACUGAGAAUAUAUCGACGACUAAUGAUCCUGCAGAUUCUGAAGGGUCAUCUGAAGAACAGAUUCUUGAGCAUGAGAUUACUUCACCUGAAAGGGAACCCAGUGUUGUUAUAUACCCAGAGUGUGUUAGAAAUGGAAAAAGCUGUUACCAGAAAGCACAAAUGAGUUUUUCCAGAAAUUUCAUUAGACUCGGUGUUACAGAGGAUGGGGCCACGGGUUCUCUUACUUUUGAGUGGAAGACUGUGGACCUUAUUAGCAUUGAGUCACAAUGGUCAGAUCCCUUCAUAACAGCUGAGGUCGGCCUUCGUAUCAAGGUGGAGAAAUCAACCACCGGUGUUCAAAAGUCAGGUAUUUUGGAGUUGUCAUUAACUGUCUCUGACCCUCAUUGGGCUAAUACGCAAGAACGUAUAAAAGUUUUGGAUGAACAAUACAAGGAAAAAUGGAAUGUUGAUCUUGAAUCCUAUGAGUUGUUUGAAAAUGAAACAUGUCUGGAAGCGGUUUGUGGAUCUAUAUCCAUUUCUAAGAAUGAUUUUCAGCUGUUGCAGCCAGAGAGGUUUAUCAACGAUACCAUUGUUGACUUCUAUAUCGAAUACCUGAAGAAGAUCAAACCCGCUGAUGCAAGAGUUCAUUUUUUCAAUAGCUUUUUCUUUAGAAAGUUGGCAGAUCUUGAUGAAAAUCAAUCCAAGUCUUUUGACGCCAAGGCAGCUUUUCAACAAGUUCGUAAGUGGACGAAGAAAGUGAAUCUUUUUCAGAAGGAUUACAUUUUUAUUCCUAUAAACUUCAGAUUGCAUUGGAGUCUGAUUGUUAUCUGUCAUCCUGGUGAAAUAGUAAAUUUCACAGACGAUGAAAUUGCAAGUUCCCCUAAAGUACCAUGCAUUUUGCAUAUGGACUCUAUCAAAGGAAGCCACAGGGGUCUUGAAUCUCGUUUUAUCAGAUGCUAUCUGUUGGAAGAGUGGAAAGAGAGAUAUAGUGACAUUGCAGAAGAUAUCUCCAGGAAGUUCAUGGAUUUGCGGUUUCUCCGUCUUGAGGUACCACAGCAGCAGAACUCUUAUGAUUGUGGGCUAUUCAUGCUGCAUAACAUGGAACUUUUUUUGAAACAGGCUGCUGAUAACUUUAACCCCUUGGCCAGCUUUAUCAGUAAAAACUGGUUCCAUCCUAUUGAAGCUUCUUUGAAACGUGCUCGUAUCAAAAGGUUGAUCUUUGAACUUGCCAAAAGUAAAACUCAGUCAUCUGACUGCAAUGACAAGUCGUCUUAUGACCUCAAAGAUGAAGACGGGGAAGAAACUGAAGUAGAGAUUCUCCAUGAAACAUGCAACCGAAAGGAACCCUGUUGUGAAAGCAUCUCUAACCCUGAUGCACCAUUAACGGUUAAACCUCUGAGAAGUAAACCUUACUUGUGUUCUGAGUCCUCUGACAUGAACAUAGAUCCUUCUGAUGGUGACAUCGACGGAGCAACGUCAUCCUUAGAGGAUAUUCAAUCUCAUUGUGAAGAAUUUCCUGAAGGAGGAGGUGAUGAAGGAUCAUCGGUUGCUGUGAAUGAGUAUAAUCAUAGACAGCUGGUUCUGUAUGAUCCAUCCAAGCUCUUGUCACCCAUAAAGGAAUGUGAUGAAACAGAAGAUGUUCUUGGCAUGCAAUUAGUAGUAACAGAAUCUCCACUAAUGAAUGACGGAACUAAUAAGAUAGACUCUUUCGUGACUUCUAUUGAUGAAUCUAUGAACUUAUUACAGCUGGAAGAAAAUUCUUUACCAACAGCAUCAGGAGGCGAUGUACAUGAGUCUCUUGUUGUUGAAGAUUCUGAUGGAUAUGCAAGUGAUAAGGUGUUUGAAACUUGUGUGGUUGAGGACUCUGAUCCAGAAGAUUCAGCUGAACUUGGUAGUGUCUGCAAAAACACAUAUCCCCCAUUCCAUCUAGAGGCUAGCACUUUAUCUCUUAGGAAAGAUGUUGAAGCUUUAAAAAGAAGGCAGCAGCCUAUGUUUCUUGAAGCACGAAAAAGGCCAAGGAGAAGCCCAAGAUUAAAAAUUAUGUGAAUAGCUCAUUCAAUUGUGAAUUAGCCAGACAAAGCCCAAGAAAUCCCUUUUUUCCAUCAAUAUACUAAUCAUUGAAGUCAUUUGGCAAUUAGAAAAAUGCCGUUUGAACUUGAUGUUUUCUUUUUUGUAAAGUUUAUGCCUGCUUGAAAAUAGAAGGGGUGUCUAAUCAUCUACAUGUUAUGUAUAUAGAUUUUUCAUAGACAAUGGCAGUUUGCAGUGAUUUAUCUAUUGAUUAUAUGUUUUCUGAUCUA